AUGGGGAACCGGGGCAUGGAAGACCUCAUCCCGCUGGUCAACCGCCUGCAGGAUGCCUUCUCCGCCAUCGGCCAGAACGCCAACCUGGACCUGCCCCAGAUCGCCGUGGUGGGGGGCCAGAGCGCCGGCAAGAGCUCCGUCCUGGAGAAUUUCGUGGGGAGGGACUUUUUGCCCCGCGGAUCCGGGAUUGUGACCCGACGCCCUUUGGUUCUGCAACUGGUGAAUGCCACAACUGAAUAUGGAGAAUUCCUACACUGCAAAGGAAAGAUAUUUACGGACUUUGAGGAGAUCCGUAUGGAGAUCGAAGCCGAGACCGACAGAGUCACCGGCUCUAACAAGGGGAUCUCCUCCGUCCCCAUCAAUCUGCGAGUUUAUUCUCCUAACGUCCUAUGUCUGACCCUGGUGGACCUUCCUGGAAUGACCAAAGUCCCAGUUGGAGACCAGCCAGUAGACAUUGAAUUCCAGAUCCGAGACAUGCUGAUGCAGUUUGUCACCAAAGAAAACUGCCUCGUCCUUGCUGUGUCGCCAGCCAACAGCGAUCUGGCCAACUCCGAUGCUCUUAAGAUCGCGAAGGAGGUUGACCCUCAAGGCCAACGUACCAUUGGAGUCAUCACCAAGUUGGACCUGAUGGACGAAGGAACCGAUGCGCGGGACGUUCUGGAGAACAAGCUGCUUCCACUAAGGAGAGGUUACAUCGGGGUGGUGAACCGCAGCCAGAAGGACAUCGAUGGGAAGAAGGACAUUCAGGCCGCUUUAGCGGCUGAACGCAAGUUCUUUCUCUCCCACCCGGCGUACCGGCACAUGGCAGACCGUAUGGGGACUCCCUACCUGCAGAAAAUUUUGAACCAGCAACUGACCAACCACAUCCGCGACACUCUCCCAGGCCUGAGGAACAAGCUCCAGAGUCAGCUGCUGUCUAUUGAGAAGGAAGUAGACGAAUACAAGAACUUCCGUCCGGACGAUCCAGCCCGGAAGACCAAAGCUUUGCUCCAGAUGGUUCAGCAGUUUGCUGUGGACUUUGAGAAGCGCAUCGAAGGUUCUGGAGAUCAGAUCGAUACCUAUGAACUCUCUGGUGGUGCCCGGAUCAAUCGCAUCUUUCACGAACGAUUCCCAUUUGAGCUUGUGAAGAUGGAAUUUGACGAGAAGGAACUUCGAAGAGAGAUCAGCUAUGCGAUUAAGAACAUCCACGGCAUCAGAACGGGCCUCUUCACGCCUGACCUGGCUUUUGAAACCAUAGUGAAAAAGCAGAUGCAAAAACUGAAGGAGCCCUCUCUGAAGUGUGUGGACAUGGUAGUGAGUGAGCUCACGUCCACCAUCAGAAAGUGUAGCAGCAAG